UCAUAUUGGUUGAUGGAGCAGCCUUAGUGCAAGCAGGGAAUGGUAGCUGAGUUACACUCCAUCUGCUGUCAAUCACAUUGAUAAACCUGCAGCCUCAUGAUAUCAAAUUGAGCCUCUUUUGAUCAAAGAAGAAUGUAAAAGGUUGAUAGGUUUUGCUUCUAGCUGAAAAGGAAUCACCUUAAGCGUCACUCUGCUUGGACUGGUUUGUUUUUUCCUUACUCUCUUGGUGGAUGCUGUCAUACCCUCCUCUGUUAAAAAAAAAAAGGGAAACCAACACUAUUUUUGCAUACUGGGCUGAUUUCAACUCUUGCAAAACUGGGAAACUCCUCCUUUGAAUUUGAGCUUCUAAGCCUAAACUGUCCAAAGGCAGCAUUUCAUGAAAGACGUUUUAGGGUUCGUCAGCUUCUAUCUGCUCGGUUUCUGGAACUUUUUGCUUCCCUCACAGGGCGUCUGUAAUUUAGCAGUUUGCUACGAGCAGAAGAGUUGGGCUCGAUACGGUGCUUUGGAGCUGACGGAGGAAGAGGAGCUGGAUGUAUGAGAAGGCUUCAUGGGCCUAAGGGACCAUCUGGACGAUGGAACUGGCCACAUGCUCAGCCUGGGGCUGGAUCUGGACUAUCUCAGUGUCGAUGGUGCUAAGAAGCGGACCCAAAAUAAUCUGAAGGCUUCUGAAAUCCUCCAGGUCAGAGGUGGUGCCCAAAGCAGCAGCAGUUACAAUAGUGAUGGGAGCACAAAUAGUACAAAUUUGAGUUACAGCAGCAGUUGCAGUACUUUUUCUGAGGAGAGUGCUCUUUCCGACAACGAUGAAGAACAGCAUCAGACAGGCUUCGAUUCUGGACCUGAAAUCUCCAACCAAGAUCCGCUUCACUUUCACCAAAACUCCUCCUUACAAUGUAAACAGGUCAGGCUGGACCUGGCACCAAACCUGUCCACAGGAGAACCACCACAGUCGGAAACAUUAGCUCCUGCUGAGUUCAUUUCAGACUGUCGCACCAAGGUCGACUUUGCUCUUAAGCUUGGCUACUCAGAAGAGCUGGUGCUGUUAGUCUUAAGGAAACUGGGACCAGACGCACUUAUUAAUGACAUCCUAGGAGAGCUGGUCAAACUGGGAACCAAGACAGAGAUGGAACAACAGAAAGGUCUAACAGCGUCCCAUUCUUCAUCCUCCUCUUUGUCCUCCCUAACGUCUAACUCUUCCCUGGAGUCUUGUCAGCUACAGUCCCCAUCCCCACUGCUGGAAGACAAGCACAACUUUCGACCUGUUGUCAUAGAUGGCAGCAAUGUAGCAAUGAGUCAUGGAAAUAAAGAAGUGUUCUCCUGCCAAGGGAUUCAGCUGGCUGUUGAGUGGUUCUUGGAACGAGGUCACCGUGACAUCACAGUUUUUGUCCCGGCAUGGAGAAAGGAGCAGUCACGACCUGAUGCCCUUAUCACUGACCAAGAGAUCCUGAGGCGACUAGAGAAGGAAAAGAUACUAGUUUUCACUCCAUCUCGGCGUGUGCAGGGACGGCGUGUGGUUUGUUAUGAUGACAGAUUCAUUGUCAAACUGGCCUAUGAAUCAGAUGGCAUAAUUGUUUCCAAUGACAACUACCGAGACUUAGCCAAUGAAAAGCCAGAGUGGAAGAAGUUUAUUGACGAGCGCCUGCUGAUGUACUCCUUUGUCAAUGACAAAUUCAUGCCUCCAGAUGAUCCACUUGGACGCCAUGGACCAAGCCUGGAAAAUUUCCUGAGGAAGAAGCCUGUUGCUGAACCAAGGAAGCAGCCCUGUCCUUAUGGGAAGAAAUGCACAUACGGCCACAAGUGUAAAUUCUACCACCCAGAAAGAGGUAGUCAGCCCCAGCGGUCAGUGGCUGACGAGCUCCGUGCCAGUGCCAGAGUUUCAUCGGUAGCUUCCAGAGGCCUGCUGGAGCAUGCCCUGAUGGGGAAGAGCCAAAGUAGCAGUCAACCUGAAGAGAUCCCUGAAGCCGAAUCAGGACAUGACAGUAAAUUAACAAAGCAGAGACUUCAGAGUUUGCCCUCCAGUCUCAUGGAGGACAGACUCCAAAUGUAUUCCAAACCAGAAGGGUUUAAAGAAAGAAGCAUUAUUGGAGGUCAUACUUCAUUUGGAGUGUCCCGUUCGUCAGGACAUCUAGACAGGUGGGCGCAACCAGAGGAAAGUAGUGGAGCAUACGGUUCAAAUUUGGUGAAAAGUUUCAACAGAUGCAGUUCUCCAGAAGUGGACUGCAGGUCUCUGGUGAAGGCCUAUUCAGGUCUCCAACUUGUUGUGCCACAGACCCCCAAAACUGUGUUACCAGCUGCUCUGCAAGCAAAUUCACUGCCAUCUGAUUGCAGCAGUGAUGGCAACAUUAGCUCUGAUUCUUUUUCCCCUGACCCGAUGUCAGACAACAGCCCCAAAUGUCAGCAUCACAUCCCACACUACCAUCAUCACUAUGGUGGAUUAUAUGGACACACGGCAGGCCAGGUUUCGUCUGAAAUGUGCCAGCAUUCCCCAUAUGGUUAUUCUGGUAAACUAAGGUCACAAAGAACGCAAGGGUCUGUCAGUGAGGAACACCCUUGUUUGGUCAGUUCUCAAGCAUCUCCAUGCCACCGCAAGACUGCAUCAGCAAACAUGCUAACACAGCAUCAACAUCCACAGCUAAGCAGCUAUCAAGGGGAACAACCGCAUCAUGUACCUCAAACAUCUACUGCUCAACCUGAUUCCCAACACUCACCCUUCCAUCCAAAUGUGUUGACUUCAUGGAAAGGUGAGCUUGAUGACUCCGCAAUAUACAAAGGAUCACCACUUAGUUCUAGAAAGAACUACUCAAGGUUAUCCCAACACCCUCAGCUUAAGACACACUGGGAUUUUGACCAUGAGCCAUCGACAUGGCCUUCCUAUGAUCUGUUUUCCUACAGGAGUUUCCCCCCACUUCAUGGUAAGGGUUGGCAAUACUCUUGGGAGCAGCAACCCAUGUCUUCCACCCAUGGAUUUUCAAAUUCUACUGUCCCACCACCCCAACAGCAGUCCUUCAGACCCAUCAGUACUCACAAGGCCCCUCUGGUGAAUGAGCGCCACUUCUCAGGGCAUCUCUCUUCAGGUCAAUACCAGGACCUCAGGGAGAGGGUUUUUGUCAACUUAUGUGCCAUCUUCCCUCCAGAUCUGGUGAGGAAGGUAAUGACCAAAAACCCCCAUGUGAUGGAUGCACAGGAGCUUGCAGCAUCAAUUUUGAUGGAGAAAUUGCAACACGUGUCUUAAAGGCAGACAAUGGGGAAAGUACUUAAAAUUCCUCCAAUUUUGAGGUUAUUUGCUUGCAAAUUUAUGUAAAAUUGUGACAUCCCUGUCAAAAUAUGUCUUCUUUUUCAGCACUUAAGACGAGAAAAGGUGGGGAUUAUUUCUUUUUUCUUCUCUUGGUUUUAUUUGGUGGCUUUAAAGAAUCUUUAAAAGGGGAAACAAUUAUUCUUAUUUAUUUGUUGCAUUUAAGUUAUCUAAAUAGUUUUUUUUUAAUUGAUUUUCUUUGCACUUUCUGUUGUUUUUUUGUCUCAGCUUAUUUUAUAGGGGCAAUCAUAUCAGGGUAUAAAUUAAACUGUAUCUGAGAUGACAACAUAGCAUGCAUAAAAUAAUAUAUUUGUGUUUUUUUUCUUAGUUUUACAUCAGAAAUGCAUUUAUGCUCUAAUUGCAUUUCUGCUUUAGUCGGCUAAACUUGCCGUUCUAGUUUUUUCAGUCCUUGCUGACAGGUGUCUCAUCGGUCGUUGUGUUAUAUUACGGAUUUCCCCUGCAGGGAAGUGAAACUUAAACAGGACCCACAAAAAAGAUAGCAAAAACUCCACUUGAAAACCCCAAGCUGUGUUUCACCACAAAAGAAUCGUUAUUUCCUCUGCUCAGACACCCCUACCAGCUCACUUCCCAGUUCAUCGUGUUUUUUAGCACAGAUUUUAUUUUUUCAGAGAACAACAGUCCUGUUUUAAUAAAAAAGAUCUAAGCUAAUAUCAAAUGAAUGAGCCAAAAUCUUGAAUCUAAAUUAUUUUUUUUUUAUAUGAAUUGUGUUAAUUUAUUACUUUUUAGAUGACUGUGAAGCAUAAACACCCAGUCUCGGUCUGUAGCAUCCUCCAGUAGAGUUUAAUCUUCCUCAGAACGGAAAUAAUUUUUAACCAUCUGAUUAUUUUUGAUAUGUGUUCAGUCUACAGUUUUUUUUAAGUAAAACUUACUUAGAGAUAUUUCGUAAAUCUUUACAGAAAAUAUCUGUACUUGUUUGAUUUGACUCCAAAGAAUCAACUCCACAUAUUUAGCAUUGCCCUCCUGCAUUCCUGUCAUCAAGCUGCUCUUUUCCCACUCCCUCCUCCUACUUUUUGGGGCCUGGACCAAAAGAUCAGAUUUUUAAAAAAGGACCAUGUCUCAUCUUUGUAAUAUAUCAAUAUUCUGACAUAAGAUUUGUAUCAUUUGGUCACCCUGGAAGUUACAGUAUUUAUUCAAGACUUUCUGGUUUUAGAAGUUCAUUUAAGGCCCCUAAUUAAAGCACAGUAGGACGAGGCAGCAGGCAGGGAGCAGAUGUCUGCAAACUGCAAGACCACCUGCACCAGAUCAAAUGUAAGAUAGAUUUAGCAAAAUAAGAGCAGCUCAAGCGUCCAUUUCGAACAGACUAAUUUCACCAUAAAUAGUUGCAUUAUUGUAAUUCUUCGACAUUGGAAGGCUUUCUUAGCAUUACUCUAAUCUAAUACAGACAACGUUUUAUGGCAAUUCAGAACAAAAAUGUUAGUAAAGUUAAACCGU